GCCAAAAAUUCCCAUGCUGACUGACGGAGAGUACAAUGUGGUCCACGAGUGAAUUGGACAGGUUGCGUCAAGCCUGAACUGCAAUAGGUGCAGUCAGAUGUCUGUCCGCAGAGCUUUCUCCUUAAGUUCUCAUAAAUCACAACCUGACACGGUUCUGUGAUAAUCUCCAACAAAAAAUAUUGCAACUUCAAUAGGCAUUUCAUCUUUUAGUCUCUGAAUAAGUCCAGCAAUCCCAUCACAAACGCAUUCACGAUGGCGCAACCACAGCAGGGCAUGCCGCAGCCAUCACCUCAACAGAUCGCCGCAAUGCAGCAGCAAUUCGCCGCUGAAGCCCAGAAGCGUGGUUUGACUGUCCAGCAAUUUGUCGAGGUAAUCAAGAAGGAGAGAAUGGAACAGAUGGCGCGGGCGCAGGCAGAGGCACAGGCACGGCAGCAGCAUGGUGGAGGGCCAGGGCAACCGCCACAACUGCAAAGGCUGCAACAGGGGCAACAAGGCCCGCCGGGACAAGGAAAACAAGUUGCUCAAAACCAGCAUCAGCAUGCCCAGGCCCGUGGACAGGCGCAACCCAUCAAGCCUGGCCCUCCCAACCCAGUGGCGAUCGCAUUGGCUAAUUUCCUGCGCAACCAACCGCUGAAGCCGCGAACUUGCAUCUUCAAUGGCGAGCGCAAGGACAUGUUCAGAGUCAAGCGAGCACUCCGAGCUCUACAGUCCCCAGCUUACGCCAAAGCUCGUGCGAAGAACCCCGCCCUCCCUGAGAUUACCGACCGCGCCACUCUAGAGAACACGUUCAAACUCCUCCCCAUGUCGAUGCUCGCCUUGCGCGUAAGCAAGUCGGAUCCACACGAGGGUCACGACCAUGCGACCAAGAAGGCGAAGCGAAUCAAGGGUCUGUGGACCGUCAAGAUCGAGCAGCAGCAGGAAGCCCAAGAUGACAUGUACUACAUCUGGUUUUACGAGGGCUCUCAGUUCAAGCGCAAGGUCUACGCAGUUCUGGCACUCAUUGUCAUCUUCGCCGUGGUGCUCUACCCCCUAUGGCCUCUGGUCCUCCGACAAGGUGUCUACUACCUCAGCUGGGGCUUCCUGUUCUUGCUUGGAUUGUUCUUUGCUAUGGCCAUCUUCCGCGUCAUUCUAUUCUCCAUCACAUAUUUCAUUACGCCGCCUGGACUGUGGUUGUUCCCCAACCUGUGGGAAGAUGUGUCCUUCAUGGACAGCUUCCGACCUCUGUGGGGCUGGCAUGAGACUGUCAAGCCCAAGAAGAAGAAGAAGUCGUCAUCUAAGAGUGGAAUCAACGCCGAUGCGGCAGCUAGCUUCGCAGGUACCACUGGCACGCCGGCGCCGGCUACCGCAAGCACCACCGGCACCGACACGCAGAUCCAAACGGCGACUCUCCAGCAGAGAACCUACACGGCUCCUAAGGUGGAGGAGCUGGACGAUGACGAGUAGAGAUGGAUUCAGUAUGCAUGCACGGCACGGCGUUCUGGCAUUUUCGCGAAAAGGAAUCUGUACUUUAACUUACUUGACAUUGCUCGAGCAUAAUAACGAAAUGUGGAUUUGCAAAUACUCUUAGAUCCAUGGCAUAACGGC